AUGAGUCAAGUAGCUGGACCAUCAGAUUUUCUUGAUCCUAGAAAAGCCACAAAUAAAAUAAGAACCAAAAGAACCCCAUCAAAAUUACUGCCAGUAAUAAAAAGAUCAAAGGACGGCGUCUGGGAUACACUACUACUAACAGAUGCAGAAUUGACCGUUGCUGACUGGUUAGCAAUGAACAAAUUCACCUCAAAAGAUAUCAAAGGUGAGUUCUAUUAUCUACAUGGACUAAAAAAGAAUCUAAUUCCCCCUAUCAACUUGGUUAAAAACAAUAAGAACACAGAUAUUGAGACUGACACUUAUAUCAGUACUAAGUUCAAAACGGAUACUGAUACCAAGACUAGCACCGAUAUCAACGCUGAUAAUAACACUUAUAAAGAAUUUGACAGUAUGGAGGAUGACAUUGGCUCUGAAAAUUAUAUCAAUGGCUCCAAUAGAUACAAAUCUGCCCAAGAAUACAGUGAUGACAUCACUUAUAACUAUAAAAGCAAUUUCAACAAUUUCUCUGUUAGUCAGCCACUAAAGGCUUCAAUAAUGAUCAAUAACUAUAUUAUCUCAGUAAUCUUUGACUCUGACGCAAUGAACCCUCGAGCAAAGACCCUUAACUUUCUGGAAUGCUCUGGUUCCGAACCUGUGGAAUACAACUUCGACCUCAAAAUUCAGCCAUUAUAA